GUGACUGUUGGUUGCAGUGAUCAAUGAUAUCCAGUUUUGUGAGACUGUAGACUCCAAAUGCUGGUGAACCAGUGUAUUUCUCUUCCAAUAUUUUGCAUCAGAUUCACUUUUCUCUUUGACUUUUUUGAAGGAUGAGUGAAGAGAGGGUUACAAGUUGUACAGAUACUGUUGAAGAAGAUACAGAUGCUGAUGGACAGCAUUGCUCUACUGGAUGUUUCCAGGUCUCAACUUUAUGUUGCUGCAUCCCUAGGAGACGGAUGCACUUGCCAGGACAGGACAGGCCCAAGGACAGAAAGAAAAAAAAUGAGAAGAAGAACACUGGGGAUAUAUCUUUUGGUGAUACUGUACUUGAAGGAAGACAGAAGUUGAGCCAAGACUAUAGGAGCGUGACAUCUGCCGGAGAUGUGGGUGCUAUAACAACUGAAGGAGUCAAGCCUGCUUUAAAAGUUUGUAUUCAGACCAAUGACAAAAAAAAUCAAGAUCCUCAUAUAUCUCUUAUACCUAUUACUUUAGCAGAUAUCUGUUUAGAAGAAAAAAAACAAGAGCACACUGAAACAACAAAUGCAAAGCCUUUAUGUAUUCAAGGUAUGGUAUGGCAACAAAAAGAAGGAAUUAAGAAUGUAAAUGUUUUAUCUAUCGAAACAGAAGAGAGAUGUUUAGUGGGUGGUGCAUCAGAGGGAAUGCCUUUUACAGAAGGAAAGGAUUCUUUAGUUAUGCUAGCCAAAGAAAAGAGACAGUCUGGCAGACCUGAAUUGUUGAGUUCACUGAUGCAAGGAGCAAUCAAUGAAAAGGAGCAACAACAAGGAAGAGACCAUGUGAGUACUAUAUUGGAAGGUGUAUCUUUUAAGCAGGGACUGAAGCAGGGCCACAAAAGCAUGCCAUUUCAGGAGCUACAACAGUCUAUAGAAGUAGAACUUCAUACUAAAUCGGUCACCAAUGAAAGUACAUUUCGAGAAGAACAGAACAACAGUACUUGUGCUGAGCAGAAGCUGUACCCAUGUAAGCAGGAGCUGAAGCAUGAUCAUGAAAAUGUGUUGUUCCAGGAGCUACAACAGUCUAUGGAACUAGAACUUCAUAACACCUUGGCCACCAGUGAAAAUAAAUUUCAAGACACACAAAACAGCAGUACUCAUGCUGAGAGUGUAACCUCUUUUCAGGAACUUCUCAACCAUUCAAGUGUACUAUGCAAUGAAAAACAGGAAACUUUGGGGCCACAAGAUGUUAUGACAGGUAUUUCUCAUAACACAGAGGGACCAAAGGACUGGAACCAGAUGAAUUCUGUGUCUAAAGGAGAUGACCACAAAGAGGACCAGGACUGCCAAGACAUGCUUAGUAUAGAGAAAGAGCAACCCACAGAACUAAAAUACCCAGAUAUAUUGUCCACCAUGUGUGGGAAGUAUGAACAAGAACAGCUAGGAGUACAGCAGCAACAAGACUUUGAGACAGAAAAUUCAUCCAACAAGACUGAGAACCACAACUUAGUGUUGCUUUAUCAGGAAGACCAACCACCUGUUGUACCAAAAACGGUUAGGUUUUCAUUCCAAGGCACAGGUGGUGAGAAAAAGCAGAAAGAAACACAAGCCAUGAAAAAUUCGACAUCUGAUACUGUUCUUACCAAGAUAGAAGGCCAUCACUAUGUUCCCCAUCAGGCGGAUUUACAAGCUGCUGCAUGUGAAAACAAUGACACAUUAUCUUUGGAUGUAACUUAUACACAGGAUCUGCAAAAACGAGCUUAUAUGAACACUUUGCCUGAGGAUGUUGCUGCUCACAUUAUAGAGCAGAAGCAUCAUGAGACACCUCAGCUUCUUUUAUUGGAACAAGUUAGCACACACCAUGAAGAAAAGGAACAGCAAGAAACACUAGGUUGUGCAUAUUCUGGACCCAAGUUUAUUACUUAUAUUGAAGAACAAGAGAGCCAAGAACCUAUUGUAUCACAGGACACCAGCAUAUUUCUUGACAGUGUAAGCCAUGAGAAGGAGCCUCCAAGAAAACUGGAAUGUGGUGACUCUGGGCCUGAGGACCUUUAUGACAAGAAGGAUCAGAACCACCAAGGUCCUGUAUAUUUGGAAAUGAAGCAGCCUCUUUUACUUGCAAAGCUCAGCAAUUUAACUUUGAAUGUAACCCCUGAAGAAGCACUGUGCAUAAGUAAUGUUGGCAAGCUAGAAAUUCACCCACUAGAUGAAGAGACAAAAGAACAGGAUGACCAGCAAAAAAUGCAUACAGUCUUAUGCUCUAAAGAGAAAACAACAAUACAGGAACUAGAAGGGCAACAAUCUACUCUCCCUGCACAAGCAGGAUGUAGCACAGAAGAAGAGCCACAGGGGUCUUGGCACUUCCAAAAGACUACAUCCAUCCCAAAUGAGGUGCAGCAGGAAAAAGAACAGUUGAACCGGGGCAUGACCAGUGAGAAGCAUUAGAAGGAAAAACAGGUUCUGUCAAACACCACUUUCCCUUGUACUACUAGAGAAGAUGAGGGGCAUGUUUAAGAUAGACAUUUUCUCCAUUUGACAAAAUCCUUUACUGUAUUCACUGCCUUAGCACUUAUUCUCAUUGAAAUACGAAAGCUGAAAAGAGAUAUUUUUGUUAUUUUGUGCAAAAAUACAAUAUAUACUGUAGACAAAGGCAAAAAAGUAAAAUUGAAAACAGUUGCUGCAUUGAGAA